AUGUUCAAGUCAAAUCCCCAACCUGGGACGGCAUCUUCCACCAAUGUCCCCACUACCCCCGUCACCACCGGUGACAACGUACCAGCACCGGCUUCGGCCGGCAUCAGCGAGGAGGAGAUUGAGCGUCUCGGCCGCCAACGCCCUGCCGCCUUCUCCUCGUGGUGGCACGAGUGGUGCUUUUGCGGCUCCAUCCUGGGCUCCAUGCUCAUGGCCGAGUUCUUCAUCAGCGGCUUCAUCAUAGUCCUUCCCAACGUCUCCCAGAACCUGAAGAUGCCGCCGGGGACCCAGACCUGGCCGGCCAGCGUCUUCACCCUCGUCACCGGCGCCCUGCUCUUCGCCUUUGGCCGCAUCGCCGACAUGCACGGCGGCCGCACCGUGUUCCUGUUCGGCAUGCUCUGGUUCACCCUCUGGAUCCUCAUCGCCGGCUUCUCCACCAACCACGUCGUGCUCAUCGUCGCCCGCGCCAUGCAGGGCAUCGGCCCCGCCGCCUUCCUCCCCUCGGGCGUCAUGCUGCUCGGCUCCACCUACCGCCCCGGCCCGCGCAAGAACAUGGUCUUUAGCAUCUACGGCUCCUUUGCCCCGAUCGGCUUCUUCAUCGGCACCCUGGCCGGCGGCGCCCUGGCCGAGUUUCUGGACUGGCGCUGGUAUUUCUGGAUCGGUGCCAUCAUCCUCUUUUUCAUCUCGGUCGCUUCCUUCUUUGCCAUCCCGAAGCGAGCCAAGGAUCAGCCGCGGCCCAAGGAGCGCGAAGUCGAGUUGAAAAUGGAUUGGCUCGGCGUGGCUACCAUCCUCCCCGGCCUGCUCCUCUUCGUCUUUGCCAUCACGCAGGGUGCUCAUGCUCCCCAGGGGUUUGCUACGCCCUAUGUAUAUGUGACCCUCAUCCUCGGCGCUUUGAUUCUGGGUUGCGCUGUCUACGUGGAGGGCUGGGUAGCAGAGCAGCCUCUUGUACCUUUUGAUCUGUUCGCACCGAAAUUCAUGACUCCCAUGGUUCUAGGCCUGUUCAACAUCUACGGCUCUUUCGGAAUCUUGCAAUUCUACGCCAGCUUUUACAUCCAAGAUGUAAUCGGCCACCCACCCCUCCUCACAGCAGCAUGGUUCAGCCCCAUGGCGGUCGGCGGGACCAUCCUCGCGGUGCUGGGCGGCGUAGUGCUGCACCGCAUCCCAUGCCACCUGCUCCUCGUCUUUUCCGCAGCCGGCAGCCUGGCGUCGGUGCUCCUUUUUGCCCUGAUCCCCUCGGACCCGGCCGCCGUCAACUACUGGGCGUGGGUCUUCACGGCCAUGAUCGGCGGCACGGUGGGCAUCGACAUAUCGUACAACAUCUCGAGCGUCUUCAUGACCACGGCGCUGCCCAGCCACCGCCAAGGCCUGGCCGGCGCCCUCAUCAACACCCUCGUCUUCCUCGGCAUCGGCUUCUACCUCGGCCUGGCGGACCUCAUCGUCCAGACGAACAAGAUGGGCGACCCGGAAAAGGACAAGGCCGAGGGGUUCCGGGUUGCCUUUUGGCUGGGCGUCGGCUGCUCGGCUACCGCGCUCGUGAUUGCUACCUUGUUCACCCGCAUCGGGCGCAUGAAGAGCGACUUGACGUUUGACGAGAAGAUGCAGCUGCAGGCCGAGGCUGCGAGGUUGAAUUCGCAGCCUGUCGGUGCUGGAGGCCGGAGUGAGACGAGCAGCGGGCCAAAUAAGGACGACGUGCCAGCUCCGUAG